CCACCCCAGCAGGAGGCAGGCAGCCUGGCCAUGUGCCCCCCGGUCAGUGUGCCUUUCGAGGAAGAGGGCAUAUCCUACCUCUACGCCUCCUGGAUGUAUCGGCGUCAACAUGGAGACCAGCUAAGCGUUUGCUUCACUUGCUUCAAGCGUGCCUUUGAGGACCUUAAAGAGAUGUUGGAGUCAGAGAUCUUGGAAGAAGUCAACUGGGACCCUGAGCUGAUGGAGCACACUGAGGCAGAGUCUGAGCAGGAGGGGUCCCCAGAGAUGGAGCUGGGCUGGGGGCAGAGCCCCGAGCAGCUUAUGCAGGUGGGCUCUGAGGCAUGGGAGCCAGAGACCCUGGCAUCAGCCCCAGAAGAGGUGGAAGACGAAGACCCGGACCUCGAAUUUGUGGCCACUGAACUGGGGCCUCAGGACGCUGAGCCCCUGGGCCUGGCUCUUGAGGAUGCUGACUGGACCCAGGGUCUUCCCUGGAGAUUGGAUCUGCCUCUUAUCUGCUCACACUGGAAAAGCUUCUUUUCUUCAUGGCAGGAGUCUUUCAAAGUGGACCUGCCCCCAGGGGAGCCCAUGGUAUUGGAGCUGGGUACUACCUAGGCAGUGGACCCUGCCACGGCUGAGGCCUGGUUACUGGCCUUGCAGCUUGUCUCCAUGGUGGACUGCUACGAUGCCAUCUACCUCCAGAAGAUGACCCUGAACAGGGCCCUGAGGACCCCAGGGCAGCACUGGAAAUUGCUACUGGAACCUGGUGAGGGGUGAGUGGUGAGACUCUAAGAUGCACCCCAAGAGCAGGACCUGCAUCAGUGGAAGCUGAGCAUUCUAGAAACAUCCUCAACAGGACACAGGGCAGAGCUGGUCCCUGCAGACACUGCCCUGCAGAAAAGGGGAUUCAUCAUAGUCUCUUAUUCACCCCAGACCAACAGGGAGAGAGAGAAGGGGGAGUCGACCUGUAAGCUACAGUCCUCCAGCCAAGGACAGGAUCCCAGCACCCCUGAGACACAGAGCAGGGGUUCUGAGGAAAGCCUGGCUGUUGCAGGAGUCUCGGCCAUGGGGGAGGUGCCCUGUUUCUAGCCUCAGUCCAGGGCCCCAGAACUGUGAGGCUAAGGCUCAUGUAGCUGCCAUUGAUCUGGGUAUACCAGGACAUCAGACUGAAGAGCCAGCAAUUGCUCUUCCACAACAGCGAGGGCAGCAGUUGGUAAAGGAUGAGCCCUUUGCCAGAGGAAUUAUGGGGAGCAGCUUUAGGGGCUGGGAGAUAGGGCCUGUUGUGGCAUCAGAGGGAAGCGUUACAAAUAUUCAUAACCUGGAAACAAGUUCUUAUCUGUUGAUUGUUACAUAGUUCUGGAUGUGUUGGCCUGAGUGGCCGCUGUGCUGCUUGUGACAUGGGGCCAGGGCACAGAACUUGUGGCUAUUUCACCUUGGCCAUGGGGUGGGAUAUUGCUUGUAAAACACAUACUCUGCAGGACACACCAGAAUCUGUUGUGACCUGGAUGUGUUCUCGACUUUGCCAGGACAAUCUAAGGGCUGGCACAAGACCCUGUCAGCAGCACUAGGGUCUCUGGUCUACAGGAAGAGCUGGUUUCAAACGUUGACCGUUGAUGCAAUUUAAUUCCUGUUUUAAAUGUUUUUAAUUAAAUAGUCACAGGCUUUCAGUCAAG